AUGGCCACCCUCGCCGCCGCAGCUACCCCCGACGUCCACGCCCUCGAGCUCUUCUCACUCAAGGGCAAGAACGCGCUGAUCACGGGCGGUUCGCGCGGAAUCGGCGCCGCAAUGGCUCAUGCGCUCGCCGACGCUGGAGCGUCCAUCUGCAUUGCCCAGCGCGAUGUGAGCAACAUUGCUACGGCGGACGCGAUUCGCGCCAAGGGUGCCAAGGUGGAGAUUGUUGCGUGCGACCUCACCAAAAUGGACGAGGCCAAGGCGGUGUUCCAGAAGGCGCUGGAUGUCAUGGAUGGUCGAAUUGAUAUUUUGAUCAACUGUGGUGGUCUCCUGAAGCGAAAGGAGACGGUGUUGGUCACUGAGGAGGAUUGGGACAGCGUCAUCGAUGUCAACUUGAAAGCCCUGUUCUUCAUCUGCCAGGCCGCCGGACGACACAUGGUGCCUCGAAAGGCGGGCAAGAUUGUCAACGUCUCGUCCCUCAACGCCUUCAUUGGCGGCGAGAUCGUUGCAUCAUACGCUGCGUCCAAGGGAGCCGUGUCGCAAUUGACCAAGGCGCUUAGCAACGAGUGGGCAAGACACAAUAUCCAGGUCAACGCCAUUGCUCCUGGCUCCAUCGCCACAGAUAUUAAUACGGACCUUCGAUCAGACCCUCAACAAUAUGCGGCUCGGAUUGCGCGCUGUCCCGCCGGUCGAUGGGGUGCCCCGGCUGACUUUGCCGGACCUGCGCUGUUCCUCUGCAGCAGUGCGAGUCAAUAUGUGACGGGCGAGGUUCUUGUGGUUGAUGGUGGACAUUUGGGACGGUGA